AACACCUUCCGUUCUCCUUCCUACCCUGCCUCUUUCUGACGUCACGCCUCUGACUGUUGUGCGAGUCUUUCUCCGUUCACGCGCGCGCGAGAGCCCUCCCCAACUGGCGCGACCGUAGAGUCGCUCUAGCUCGUGAUUCAAAGUAGUGUAGACUUCUUGCCCGGCUCCAGCUGUCUCCGGUCUCUCCGGGAAUGAGAAGCGAUGGCCGGCUCUGCCAACGAGGAGAAAACCUUCAAGAGGUUCCUGGAGCUCUUUCUGCGGGAGAUGAGGCCACCUCUCCAGGAGGACGUACCUGUACCCAUGCGCCCCUUUUCGGACCUCAUCUCGGAGGACGAGGUAGAAGGGGAAUGCCUCGACCUGUGUCUUCAGCUCCUCUGUAAAUAUAAUUGCCCUUUCUCCUUGGCUGCAGCCCUGGCCCGUGGUACGGCUGAUAGCAUCCUGCAAAGCGAUCUUUCAGUGUACCAUCUCAACAAGAGCGUGGAGGAUGGGACCGAAACAUUGCCUCAGAUUGAUUCGGUGAAGCUAGCGCGGUUGGUCUAUAAUAAGCUGUGUGAGACGUGCUGCCAUUGGCUCAAGGAAUUCCCGUAUCGCCGACGCCACUUGCCGUACUACGAGACCUCCAUCCACGCCAUCAAAAACAUGCGACGCAAGAUGGAGGACAAACACAUGGUCAUUCCCGAUUUCAACACGCUCUUCAAUCUACAGGACCAGGAGGAGCAGGCGUUUUUUGGCGUGUUUGAUGGUCACGGCGGGGUGGAUGCCGCUAUCUACGCUGCCAACCACCUGCAUGUGAACCUGGUCAGACAAGAAAUGUUCAGUCAGGACCCGGGAGAAGCCUUGUGGCACGCCUUCAGACUGACAGAUGAACGAUUUGUACAGAAGGCAUCACGGGAGAACCUGCGCUGUGGUACCACCGGGGUGGUGACAUUUCUGAGGGGUCACACACUGUACGUAGCGUGGCUCGGAGAUUCACAGGUCAUGAUGGUCAGGAGAGGUCAACCAGUGGAGCUGAUGAAACCACACAAACCAGAUAGAGAGGAUGAGAAGAAGCGGAUUGAGGCUCUGGGCGGUUGUGUGAUCUGGUUUGGUACAUGGAGAGUCAAUGGAAGCCUGUCAGUGUCAAGGGCCAUCGGUGACUCAGAACACAAGCCCUACAUCUGUGGCGAUGCUGACCACACCACCUUCAACCUGGAUGGUAGUGAAGACUACUUGAUCCUGGCCUGCGAUGGCUUCUACGACACCGUGAACCCGGAUGAAGCGGUGCGAGUGGUCAGCGACCACCUGCAAGAAAACAACGGAGACACCGCCAUGGUAGCCCACAAGCUUGUGGCCUCGGCCCGCGAUGCGGGGUCCAGCGACAACAUCACGGUAAUCGUGGUGUUCCUCAGGGACCCCCGUCUGCCCCCACCCUCAGAGGAACCAGAGGAGGAAGCCGAAGAAGAACCUGUGGAAGAUCCAGGAGAGGAGGAGGAAGAGGAUGUGGAGGCUUUGCAGAGCGAGUUGGUGUGUCAGGACGGAGGGACCGAGAACGGAGGAAAGAAUCGGGGCGGCUGGCCACUCCAGCAAUGUUCCGCCCCGGCUGACUUGGCCUACGAAGACCGCAUGGAUUCGUUUACGGACAGAACCACUCUGAGCAUCACGGGGCCGGACCUGCGGGCAGAGACUGGCUGCUUCAGGCUCCCAGCUUCCUCGAGCCUACCCCCGGUGAGAACCAUCACCCCAGACCUCAUAUCCCCCUACGGUGGGACUGGAGCGGCCUGGCGCCCCUACCAAGACGAGGGCCUCUCUGGAUACAGGCAAAAUCCCCAGCCUAAACCGAGAGUCCCUUCUUACUCUCAGCACACCCCAGAUGGACAAUUGCUGGAGGUGGCUGCGCUCUUCCCCCAUGAGGGACGGAGGAAGAGGCGGAUGGAGUUUAUGCCGCUAAGGAGGGAAUCGCAGCGCUUGAUCCGGAGGGCCAGGGAAACCUACGGCCCACUUAGCUGCAUGCCCUAUCCUCUUCGCUCACCGGAGAGGAAGCCUGGGACGGCCUUUCCCCAUGUUAUCCACAGCAAAAGGGUCUAAUCAAUUACUUCCUUGCCCUAUCAUACUGCCCUCCAUCCCUAAGGCUAAAACUCAUAUCACGCAACCCAGACUGAGCACGCUUUGUCCCAAAACCUAGUGAGCUGCCCGAGUAGGCAGCAUUGCUUAAUAUUAGUGGUCCAAAUCAGUUACAUACAGGGUCUAUUUUAGUUAGGCUGCCUAUGUAGCCAGUAGGGAGCCUACUAGGUUUUCGGACAGAGCCAACUGAUACCACACCGCUGUAACGCUUCCUCUCUCAUUUUAAGAAUCCUUCAACACGCUUAUUCAGCUUAUUCAUCCUCAUAAACCUCUCUGAUCUGGUUUGUGUUAACACUAACCUUAAACACACUGUCUUCUGUUUAUCCACUCACACAUGGUUCUGAUGUCAUGCACACACGGUAUAGUAUCUUUUAACCUGAAAUAUCUGAGACAUGAUACAGCUCUUGGCCGCCGUGGGGUGAAUUCACUAAACAGUUUGUGCUGCAGUCUAGUUUAACCAGGUGCUAAAUGCAGCAUUAACAUGGCUAAUUUCUUGUGUAAAUUAAGCUUAUUAUAGAUUGUAAUUUAGGCUGAUUAUAGAUUGAACUGUAAGUCAGGUUUAUUCAGUAUUCGCUUGGCACUAUUAACGUUGCGCUAUUAUCGCCCACAGAAACCAUGCGGUAAAUUAAUUUUUAUGUAAAUGAGAUAUUUGGGAACUUUUUCCUGUUAAUCACGGCAAUAUUCAUGAAAUUAUAUCGAAACGUGCAUUGUUCAGAUGGGCAUUGUGAAAUGAUGCUGCACGUUCCCAUUUUGCUUGCUCAUGCAAGUUUGUGCCAUUAAGCUAUAUUUUUCAUCUAGGAACUUUUUGUAUCAGACACUAAACAUCACAGAUAGAAAUUGAAUGGCACUAUCAAAUGGUGCAAUAUAUUUUUAGUGAAUUCCCCCCACAUAUAUUUAUCUGUUUUAAUCCACCUCCAUAUUAAACUCCUUAUUUUCUAAAGCUAAAAAGAAAUUUCUGAAUUGCAUUUUAUUUUGGUCACAGUGUAGGGGUUUGUUAGAGUUAAUGAAUUGCAAACAUAUUGAUGUGUGUGUGAGAAAGCAUCUCUAGAAGACAUUUACUGUAUGUGCACUGUAAAUUUUGUUUGACCUUUUUCUGUUAUAUCAUUCCUACCUAUUUUUAUUUAUUUAAAGGAACACUCCACUUUAAAAAAAAAUAUUAUCAUUUUCCAGCUCCCCUAGAGUUAAAUAUUAGAUUUUUUACCGUUUUGCAAUCCAUUCAGCCGAAAUUAUUUUCGGACACUGCGUAAUAUCACUACGCCUGCUGCAGCCAUGUUAUGGCAGCAAAGUCUGUGAUUAUAACGCCAGAAUGAGAGUAUAGUUCUUAGCCAUAUCUGCCUAGAAAAUCACAACUUUUAAUUUUCAAUCGAUCUUAGUACACAAUGUAACUCAAGUUUUAAAUAGGAAAAAAAUCUAAAUUCUUUGGUUAUUUUUUAGCGCGAUGCUAAUGGUCUAAUCAGAUUCAAUGGAUUAUGCUAAGCUAUGCUAAAAGUGAUACCGCCAGACUCUAAAAUCAGCUGAAUGGAUUGCAAAACGGUAAAAAUCAAAUGUUUAACUCUAGGGGAGCUGGAAAAUGAGCUUAUUUUUUAAAAAAAGGUGGAGUGUCCCUUUAACAACUAGUUGGUUUGGGUGGCUGCCACAUCAAACGCAUUCAGCAUAUCUUCAACUACAUUUGAUGAUGCUAUCUAGGAAUAUCCAAAAUAACCUAUUGCAUUCCUAGUGAUCACCUACUGUAGACUCUGCUGCUUAGUUCAGAAACUAAGCAGAGAACGGUUUUAACAAUUAAAUUAUUUCGUAGAUAAGCUACCAGACAUAUCAAAUUUAGAUGCAGAUAUUUCAUAUAUAUUCCAAAUUUAAAACCAAAGACUUGAGUAUUUAUCAUGUUCAGACGCAUUAUAUCCACAGACAGUGUGCUUUCUGUGCCAAGUGGUACAAACAUAGCCACCUACAAAGAUAUUGGGCAGUUAUCAGAGACCUUGAUUAUGGCUACCGAGCACUGAGAUCUUCUUUAAUUGUCUAGGCCCUAGACAUGGAUAGACUGUAAGAAAAGUGGUCACAAUAUAUACCUCAGUUGUCACUGGGCCUGUACCCUAUCAAAAAGCAUACAUUUGCACCUAUCAAGUACAUAUUGGUACCAGAAAGAGCUUAUUAGUACUUAAAAAAAAUGUAUUAGUGUCAAGUUAAAGGUACAUAAUGGUGCCAAAUGUACACAUAUCUGUACAGCCCCACAGUCUAAAUGGUGGAUUAUUUUUUUAAGCCAGUGUUGGGCCAAAAAGAGACUAACCCAGCAGCUGGGUUGAAAUUAACCCAGAACACUUUUAUAUUUGACCCAACAAUGGGUUAAAACAGCACAGCAUUUUUUCGAGUGCAGUGACAACUUGGGCACAAAUUUUGACCUUUUUUUCUAACAGUAUAGGAUAGUUUAAACAGCGAAAUGUUUGCCUUCAUCACAGGCCUGUUUUAACAGUGGAUAUGUAAUAUAUAUUUUCUCGCUCUUUCACUUUAAAAAAUCUUAUAUAUAUAUAUAUAUAUAUAUAUAUAUAUAUAUAUAUAUAUAUAUAUAUAUAUAUAUAUAUAUAUAUAUAUAUAUAUAUAUAUACUAUAAGGCCUAUAAAGAUUUGUACCAUAUUUACCAUACAACAUUUUUUGUCAUAAAAUUUGCAGCCACCUCCAGUAACAAGACUGCUAUAUUCUCUCCUAAAAAAGUAUAGUUGGGGUCUUAUUACUCACAUUAUCUUAAAAUAAAGUCAUAUUCGGUGCAUAUUAUGAUGUCACUGUACACCACAAAUCACUACAGCCACUAUGCCAUUGGGUGGUUAUGUUCAAGAUACCAAUGUCACUUCGGUCCUUGACACUAACCACACCCAUUCUUUUGACUAAUAAUGCUGCAAGACAUUGUCUCACUGUCUUACAUCUAUGAUCAGAGGAAUGACAUGUGCCAUCCCUGCCGUGCCAUUGCACUAGAGACUUUCUAUUUCUUCAAUUUGAGAUAAUGGGUGGGGCAUGAGUGUCACAACGUGUUGUCAUUCCUCAUCUGCCUCCUGCCAACUCAUCUGGGCACAGCUUCACCCCCAUGUUCACAAAGACCCCUCCAAAGGACACCAGUGCAACCCUCUCAAUUCAGAAAGAGGUCUCGAAUCAGUUCCAGAUGGGAGAAAGUGAAGUGGAUUUUGAACUGGUUGAAACGGACAGGAAAGAUGAACGCUUGCCCCACGUUUCAAAUCUUCCGUCUAGUAUGCGAUUCGUCGCUUGGUUUUACACCCAAGGAUUCUGAGCAUGGUGUAAAACAUCACCAGCUGUCCCGCUAGCUGUAUCAUGCCUCAUAAUUUCAAGAUCUGCUCCUUGAUGGAUGACAAAAUGACUAGAGAUGUGCAGCUCUCAGGACGUGGACCUUAUAAAGAAGCUGCGCUGUUUAUGAUUCUGUUAUAGCCCUACCUUCUACCAUGAGCGUUUACUCCCUCCCUACACCCCUCUAGCACCUCAUACGGGGCACAAAUUAUAUAUCAAAAGUGUAGUAACUAACAUAUAUUGUAUACACGUAUGUAUGUUUCGAGUGUGUGCGUGGGUGCGCGUAACAUUUGGGAUGUGUAUGUGAAGUCUGUCGUAUAAAUGUGCUAUUUUAAUCAAUCACCACAGAUAACUCAGAUGGAUACAGAAGUCUAAUGCUUUUCAGUAACCCUUGCCCUCGUCACAUUUAAGAAGGUACUUGAAAAUACAGUACUUGAGCGUUAAGGGAAGCACGCGAGACAAAGCGUUGGGCACACAGUCGGGCUCCUGCGUAUUCACUGAAGUACCGCGGUGAAAGUGGUGGUGUGAUGAUGAGUCAAGAACCAAGUGUUUCUCUCCGUCUUCAUAUUCUUGAGCCUUGGCCCCGAGUGGACUGACUGUUACACACAGCGUAGCGUUCUGCGUCAAGGGUUCGAUUGACCUCACGUGAUGGUUUUGCCCUCCUCAUUUGCUGUCAUUGCUUUUUGUCCACGUACCGUCCAGUACUGCUCUUUUUCUGCUAGCAAUAAGAAACCUACGCAAGCCAUGAGUGAAGAGAGCUGCUUUAAAAGUGCUCGUCUUCACUGAAGCGAAGCCGAGGAAGGGUUUAAAGAAAACUAGACGGGGAGAGUAUCUAAAAAAAAAGAAACCUAUGUUACUGAUGAUCAUCACUGUAUUCUAUUAAACCUGUGUUGAUGAGAAACCA